CACGGACAGAAUCGACUUAAUUGAUGGUAACUGGUAAGCAGAAGACUGGUUUCUGCUGACAUGAUACACUGUCGGAAUGGAAAGUGAAUACUGUAUCAGUCACACACGACGGCAAGCAUGUAACCCAUUAGACAAGAUGGCGACCUUACAGUGACACGAUGUUUGUCACCAUAGCUGUGUGCUCAUUCCUGCUGGGGGUGGGUCUCACCCUGCUGUCACUCUACCUGAUCUAUAAGAGCCAGCUGCGCUUGAUGCCACAAGCAAACAUUCCCCAUGUUCCUCAGUUUGCUCCUUACAAAUUACCAAAGGAACUUUUGAAGUUGUUGAAGGACCCUGGUCAGCUUGGUAAAAAAGAAGAUUGUAUUUACCUGAACCUGCUUUUUCAGUUUUUGUUUAAAGAACUGAAAGACUCCAAACGAAUCAGACAAUGGGCUGUAAGGAAGAUGAAUGUUGAGUUUGAGGAAAUGAUGCAGACAACUACUGGGAAGCUGAUCGACCAGAUAUCAGUAAGAGACUUCAGUAUGGGGAGCUCCUUCCCCGUGCUUAAAUCUGUCGCUGUACAGAAGGCUAAAAUAGAACAUGAAGAUCAUCUAGAGGUGUUAGACCUGGCCAUGGACAUAGAUUACAGUGGAGGGUUCCAGCUAGCUGUUGAUAUUGACCUUGUGUUUGGAAAGUGGGCAUACUUGUGUGUGACCAUUACCAGUCUAAGAGGCAUGGGCAGGCUUCAACUAUCACGCCAGCCCUACACUCACUGGUCCUUUUCAUUUUAUGAGGAGCCACAGAUUACCUUCAGUAUAGCUUCAAGAUAUGGCGGCAAAGCUCUCCCUCAAAUCACCUCACUAGUCAUCACACAGAUAAAGAGAUCAUUAAGAAAGAAACACAUAUUGCCAAAUUACAAGAUGAGAUUUCGACCCUUCUUUGACCGCCCAGAGGAAUUUAAACCUGUGAAGGAAUUGCGAAUCCAUGGUAACAGAAUAGGUGAAGGUCAGCUACAGGUGACGAUCGUAGAGUGUAGCCGUCUGUCCAUCACUGAGGUACCGGCCAACUGUCAGCUGUACUGUACACUGUCUUUAGACAACAUGCAGUGGUCGGAGUUAGUGGAGCUACAGAAGAAAGUAUGGGAUGUUUUGGACAUUGAGAUUGCCACAGUGCCUACAACCUCCAUAGGACUGAAUAUGAAGGAGGACUUCCUGCUGGAGAAGUAUGAGGAUGUGGUGGUAGUGGAUAGUGUUGUACCUAAAUCACCGGCUGCCAUGGCAGAUGUUAGAAAGGGAGACAUCCUUGUCAGUGUGGGAACUUCACGGGUUACCUCAUCUAAACAGGCCAAAAAACUAUUUAAGAAUGCUGGAGACAGGUUUACUGUCCGUAUAGAGAGACCCAAGUCCAAAGGUCAGCAGUACCAGGAUGUACCACAAACUGAGGAGACAUUCCUGUCGUUGGAUGUAGAUGGUGAUUCCGUUGGACAAGAAAAGUCAAGUGACCAAACGGAGGACUUUGUACACAUCAGCUUCAAACUAGCAGACUAUGAGGACAAGAAAGUUAAACCAGGAGUCAAAGAUGUUACAGAAAAACAAGGUCAAGUGGGGUUCAAGGACACAGCAGAAAAAAUGUCACAGAAACAAGGGGUCAUGUCGUUGGUAAACACAGGGAAAGCAUUAUUACAGAGGAAGGUGAAAGGUCAAAUAGAUGGAGACAAGGUCAGUGCUUCCUUAUCUUCCUCAGCGGUGGAGACAUCUGCUCGAACUCCCAAGGUAUUAACUCAUACCCAGUCUGCAUCAUCCUCUCCCCGGAAGGAGGCCAACCUCAAGUCUGCAAGGCAGCGAGCCCAUAGUGACACAUCACUCAUUACGGUACAGGAUGACCUUGACGACGAUGGAGGUAGUGACGGAGAGGAUUUACCUGAUCAGGAUGACCAGUCAUGUGACAAGCACAAGACAGAAGAGGUCGCCUCUCGACAGAACCCAAAAUGGAAUGAGAAGUUUAUGCUACAUGUGGAUAAGGAUGACUGUUACCUCAAUGUGUGUGUCUGGUGUAAAAUUCCUCCCAAACUGGACAAACAUGACAGAGUUAUUAAACCAGGCAAGGAGAUUCUGCUGGGACAUGUGAGUCUACCGGUACCGGAUAUAUGUCUCGACUGUUUGAUGACCACACAGGGAGACUCCCAGCAUACCAUUCCUCUAGUACACGCAGACCCAAGGGCUGGGGCAAGCCGUGCUAAAUUUUCCAACCUUGCAAGUCAUAAAGGUUUUGAGCCAUCCCUGUGUAAUGGGGACAUAACUCUUGCGUUUUGGCACAAGCCUUUCAAGAUGUCGGAUGAGGUUAGGAAAAAGAUGACGAGAGUGAAGGGAGAGGUCCACACAGAAUCUCUGCCUCCAGAUCUACCACCGGCUGUAGCUAAAGAGGCUGCCACCGACAGCAUUAAAAAGAUUGAAGAAGGUCGACAUGAUUUUACUGGGACUAAUUUUAACACGGCAACUUAUUGUGAUCUUUGUGGAAAGAAGAUUUGGUUGAAAGAAGGAUCCCAGUGUUAUACCUGUUCUAUAAUUUGUCACAAGAAAUGUAUGGAGAAGUGUCAGGCUCAGACUCUGUGUACCUUGAAAGGACCAAAGGUACGUAACUUCCCUUCUCAGUCCUGGAAGAUUCCCAUUACCAGGGCCGAGGCUGAGCGCAGGAAGGCAAAGGAGGGAGCUGCACAGAAGACUGGAGGACUGCUGAGUAAAUUCCGCAAGGACAGCAGUCUAGAGAGGAAACAGGCUGCUGCUGUGGCAAGCACUCUGAAAGCUCCUUCCCCUGAGCGACUUACUGUUCCCCAAUCCUCACCCAACCUGUCCCCACAGCUAAGUCCACAGUUAAUCCGACGACGAAACUCUGCCCCGGCCCCAGACAAGGACGGUGGGGCAGAGGUGGAGAAACAGACAUCCUCAGAGUCAUGGCUGUCGGACGGUUCACAUUCCUUUCCACACACUCGUUCCACCACUUCCAUACAGUCACUCACAAGCAGCCUUUCCAACUCUGACAUGAUCUUCAAGGAAAAGGAAUUAUUUGAUAGCUCAGAUGAAUCGGAUGGGGAAAUGGCAGCAGAACUACAAGAACGUAUGGCCAAAAUGAAAAAGGUCAAAGGUCACAACAACCUAGACGAAAUGGUUGUUAUGGCUGCGAAGGAAAUGGGAAAGGAACUAUUUGCCGAACUCUCAUUGGAGGAAAGGAAAGAAAAACUUGACAACAUGGUAAUGAAAUUACAGAAAGAGAUUGACAAAGAGUCUGAGAACAAAACGGAACUACUGAGGAUGGAACAGGAUGUGUCUGAUCCAGCCCAAAAGGACAGCAUACGGAAGCGCCAGGCCAAGUCGGACGAGAAGGUAGAGGCUAUGAUGAUGAUGAUGCUGCACUAUUGUGCAGGCCUUCAGUACUGUCUGGACCAGGAAGGGGAGGACAGACAGAGGGCAAAGUCCCAGCCCACAAUGGAACCAAUCAUGGAUGAGCUAGUUGUUACCGAUGUUCAGAAAGGAGACUCUGCCUCUUCAGAGUCUGAAAAAGAAGCUUCUUUUACUGACGUGAUACAGAAAACAAGCAGUGAUCUACCAGUUUCUGACCAGAAAGAUUUAAAUUGGUGUUUGUCAGAAUCACCAGACACAGACUUCUGUGUGGGAACAGAACACUCCCAAGCUAUUAAAAUCAAGGGGACAGAAAUCCCCUCAUUUGGAGUUCAUUUCAAAAACUGUGAUCAGACAGUAAUGUUUACAACUGACACUGAUGAGGAGGAUGUUGGUGCAGGCAGUGAUCUGGUGACAAGUACAGCAAUAUCUGAUGGCUCCCUGGAGCUGGACGAUGAUGAGUGUGACAAGGAUGAGGAAGCGGAUGACAGGGACGUGACCUUAUCUGGACAACUGCCCAUGUUUGAUAUGGCAGAUGAUGAUUUUGAACUGUCACUAGCAGAAGAUAAAAUAAUUUAAUAGAUAUUUAUUUAUUCAUUAGUUACAUGAAACCUCAAGUAUUGUAUACAAAUGCAGGCUGUAAUUCUGUUUUAUUUUUAUGAUAAAUGUACUUUGUACUGUCAGCAUCUCCACAGGACCAACGUGUUUGUCAUACUAUAGCAUUGUUAAGGUAAUCAUUCUCAUAGUUUUCAUGACUUUGAUCUUCAUGUAAAUGUCAGCAAAUCUCAUUUAAACAUUUUUAAAAUAAGUCAAACAGAAUUCCUUGACUCCUUAAAAAAGCAUCAUUCCGUCAUUCCAUAAAAUGGCCAUGGUAACCUACAUAUUCACAGUCUUACUAACUCGUCCUGUGAACUAGAGAUGGUAAGAACCAGGACCUGAUAUUGUAGGGAUGCGUCAGACCAUCACCAGUGUAAACUAGAGAAGGUAAGAACCAGGACCUGAUAUUGUAGGGAUGCGUCAGACCAUCUCUAGUGUAAACUAGAGAUGGUAAGAACCAGGACCUGAUAUUGUAGGGACGCUGUCAGACCAUCACUAGUGUAAACUAGAGAUGGUAAGAACCAGGACCUGGUAUUAUAGGGACGCUGUCAGACCAUCACUAGUGUAAACUAGAGAUGGUAAAAACCAGGACCUGAUAUUGUAGUGACGCUGUCAGACCAUCUCUAGUGUAAACUAGAGAU